AUGAAAGAUGAUGAUGAUGAUGAUGAUGAUGAUGAUGAUGAUGAUGAUGAUGAUGAUGAUGAUGAUGAUGAUGAUGAUGAUGAUGAUGAUGAUGAUGAUGAUGAUGAUGAUGAUGAUGAUGAUGAUGAUGAUGAUGAUGAUGAUGAUGAUGAUGAUGAUGAUGAUGAUGAUGAUGAUGAUGAUGAUGAUGAUGAUGAUGAUGAUGAUGAUGAUGAUGAUGAUGAUGAUGAUGAUGAUGAUGAUGAUGAUGAUGAUGAUGAUGAUGAUGAUGAUGAUGAUGAUGAUGAUGAUGAUGAUGAUGAUGAUGAUGAUGAUGAUGAUGAUGAUGAGUAUUACGAGAGGCAUGAAAAAAGAAAUACUAACUACAAAUAUUCGUUUCAAUAA